AUGUCUUCUCUCAGGACUGUUUCUAAUGACUCUGUCAUCAUUCAUCCUCCAGGCUUCUAUAUCAUUGGAUUUGAGACAUUUCCCUUCAUCAGUGUUUACAUUAUCUUUCUAGCGUUUGUUUAUGUGGUUACACUAUUCUUCAAUAUCUUGUUGAUCUACAUAAUUGCUCGUGAUCACUGCUUACAUACUCCAAAAUGUCUGGCUGUCGUCAACCUCGCAGUAAUUGAUGUGCUCUUGAACACGAGCACUAUUCCCGGCAUGAUUAAGAUUUUCCUUUUGAAGGACAACUUUAUUCCAUUUAACCUCUGUCUGGUCCAAAUGUAUGUCUACUAUGCUGUUCUAUCUCUGGAGUCUUAUGCACUUGCUAUACUUGCCUACGACAGGUUCAUUGCAAUAUGUUUCCCUAUGCGUCAGAACGUAUUGAACACGCUGUCGAUCAUGUUGUGUAUAGUAGCCGUGACUUGGGCUUACAAUCUGAGUAGAGUAGCAUAUAGCACGAUAAUCAUGACUCGACUGUCAUUUUGCAAUUCUGUCAGAGUGUUCAGCUAUUUCUGUGACUAUGCGCCUGUGCUCAGACUCGCCUGCAAUGAUUACACAGCGCAGUGGUCGGUCGCUUCAGCUUCUAGUAUGGUGAAUCUGCUUGGCCCUUUUUCUGUUAUUAUUCUGUCUUAUGUCAGCAUACUGAUCACCGUGUUCAGAAUGAAAUCAGUGAGCAGUAGGAUGAAAGCUCUCGCCACUUGCAUUGAGCACCUAGUCCUUGUUGCUGUAUUUUACAUUCCUAUAUUCAGCAUAUUCUUAUUGGGGCUUUAUCUGCGUCAGAUUAACCCGGACCAGCGUGUGCUGAGCCUGUCGUUGGCCUCUUGCAUCCCACCCUGCAUCAAUCCUAUUGUGUAUUCUUUGAAGACCAAAGAGAUUAAAACCAGAGCUCUGGCACUGUUUCAUAGAAUUAAAACAAGCCCUUGA